UCGAUCUUAUCGAUAACUAAUUGCAACCCACCAAACCACUUAUCGUUAUUUUUUUUGAGUCCUCCAGAAAACCAUCACCAAAUUGGACACGACACUCGCGAAUACAUUUCGAAAUUGACCUCGAAUCCAUCCGGUACCAAUUAUUCAACUAAACAUCCGCGGAAAUCAAAAGAGAUAAUUAACCAAAAAUGCCGGCCCCGACAGCCUUGCUCAGGCAGGCCGACGACAACCCUCCGACGGAAGUCCCGCUCCCGGAGGCAGACCAAGAUGAAGAUUUCGAGCUAGGAGGCAUCAACUCGCUCCCCGAGGACGCGAACGCGGUCCUCCAGCCGGUAAAAAGGACCGAAGAGUCGGAUAUGGAAAUCGACGAAGAAGACAAGCCGCGAUUCGCGCCCGCCCAGAACACCGAUCCCUCAGCACACAUCCAAUCGCGCAAGGUGACCAUUCCGCCCCACCGCUUCACGCCCCUCAAGAACAGCUGGCCCAAGAUCUACCCGCCGCUGGUCGAGCACCUGAAGCUGCAGGUGCGCAUGAACGUCAAGCACAAGCGCGUGGAGCUGCGCACGUCGCGGCACACGACCGACGCCGGCGCCUUACAAAAGGGGGAGGACUUCGUGCGCGCCUUCGCCCUCGGCUUCGACGUCGACGACGCCAUCGCCCUGCUGCGCCUCGACGACCUCUACAUCGAGACCUUCGAGGUCAAGGACGUCAAGACCCUGAGCGGCGACCACCUCGCCCGCGCCAUCGGCCGCAUCGCCGGAAAGGACGGCAAGACCAAGUUCGCCAUCGAGAACGCGUCGCGGACGAGGGUCGUGCUGGCCGAUUCCAAGAUCCAUAUUUUAGGAGGAUUCAAGAAUAUCCACAUAGCCCGCGAAUCCAUCGUAAGCUUGAUAUUGGGUAAACCACCUGGAAAGGUGUACAACAAUCUCCGGACCGUGUCCGCGAGAAUGAAGGAGAGAUUUUAGUUUUUUAUUCGAUCAAUUCUCACAUUUUCACAUGGGGCGGAGUUCCGGUCUGGAGUCAAAAUAGGGGUUUAUGUGUAAACGCACUUGAUAGAUUACGAGACGUGAGAAGUCUCUUCUGAGCACCAUUAAGUCAUUAGACAACUUAAGGGUAUCAUGAAGU